UAUGUUGCUUAGAUUUAUAACCACAACCCAUCAAUUAAAUUGGGCAUCACUAUACUAUUUCACAAAACACACUAGACCUAAGGCUUAACCUCAUAGAGAGAAGACAAGAGCUAAAGCAAUAAGUGAUGAUAAAUCAGGAAAAAUUGCCAAAUCAGAUCAAGAACAAGAAUAAAAGCAAUAAUAAGAAAAUCUCAAGAAAAAAAUUGAAUUAGAAAAAUUAAGAGCAUUAUAACCAAAAAUGCAUACAUGGAGUUCAUUUUAUGAAACACAUAUUCCUUAAACAAAAAAAAUACCUAAAACAAUCUAUCUUUCUUUAAAUGAAUAACCUGAAGGAAGAAGAAAACAUUAUAAAAAGUUUGUUUAACCUCCUAUUGAUAUUACAGAAGAAUGCAAUUAAAAAUUUGAAAUUAAAUAGCAUACAUAUGAUGAUCCCUUUGCUUAACCAAAAAGAGCAGGCUUGAUUGCUGUUAAAGUUGGUAUGACUGCUUAAUGGGAUAAAUGGGGUUAUCGACAUGCAUUAACCGUCUUACAAUUAGAUAAUAAUUAAGUUGUUUAAGUAGUUAAAAAUGACACUUAUACUGGUUUGUAGAUUGGGGCAGGAGCAGUCAAUAUUAAAACCCUAAAGAAACCUUAAAUAGGUCAUUUCCUUAAAGCAAAUGUAUACCUCAAAUUUUAUAAUAGAUACCUCCAAAAAAAUAUAUAAAGGAAUUCCCUAUCACACCUGAAAAUGUAUUGCCAGUUGGCUAUAUGUUGACUGCAAGACAUUUUACUCCAGGCUAAUUCAUUGAUAUUUAAGGUAUUUCAACAGGAAAAGGUAAAAAUGAAGUUUUGAUUUAUUUUGUUAGGAUUUGGAGGUACUGUUAAAAGACAUAAUUUUAAAACAUAACCUGCUACUCAUGGUAAUUCACUAUGUCAUAGACAAUUGGGAAGUACUGGUUAAAGAUAAGAUCCAGGUAGAGUCUUUAAGGGUAAAAAGAUGCCUGGUCAUUUAGGAAGUGACAAAGUAACAUGUGAAGGGAUUUAAGUAAUUUUGAAUAUUAUUAUAAUAAGAUUUACAGAAUUGAUGCAGUUAGAUAAUUAAUAUAUAUAAAAGGUUCAGUUCCAGGAAAACCUGGUUCAAUAGUUUAUUUAAGAGAUUCUUGGAAGGUAUAAAAGAAAAAUAAAGACUUACUUAACUUUCCUACUUUGGCGGUUGAGAAUGGAAAGGAAUAUGCUAAAGAAAUAGUAAUGGAAGCACCAUUGGAAGAUCCUGAAUUAUAGGAAACUCAUGAGAAUGAUUUCCCAAAAGCUGGAGAAGAUGCAGAGGAUUGAG